GGUGGUCGUUAUAAUUCGAAUAAAUUGCGCGUCGCGCUCGGUCUGACUCGGUUCGCGUUACAUUCUUUGGCGCGGCGGCGCGGCGGCUCGACCGCGAUCGGUUCGACUCGGCUCACGUCGUGCCACUUCGACCGCACACUCGUCUCGUGGAACGGUAGACGACCGGAUUGGGUAUUGGGUCUUGGGUCUGGGAAUCUAGCAGAAGCACUGGGAGCUCUGGUUUUCAGUUUGCUGAUCGCAGACAGUCGCAGGAUUCGAGUGCUCGAGGGAGGAUCGUCGUGCGUAUUGUGCGUAUCGUGCGUGCUGUGAAUAUACAUGGAGACGUAGAGUGUGCGCGCGCGAGAGAGAGAGAGAGAGGGAGACCCACACGGAGGAUUCUCGAGAUAGGAGAGGCAGAGAGAAAGGAAGGAAGAAAGGAGAAGCACAAAGUCUGCCGUUUGUCGAAGGAGCGUGGCAGGCGAAGCGGAAAGAGAGGUGGCGGGGGAGACUCGUCGCGUUGUAUACGUAGUGUGUGUCACACAGUGCCGUCGGAAAGAAAGAGAAGGAGAGAAGUAGAAGGUGGAGGAGGAACGAAGCAGUGAUCAGUUCUCUCCCGAGCUGAGGCUAGCGAAUACUCUGUUAUCUAUAUCGCGCUAAUACUUUAUAGCACGCGUUGCUAUCGAUCGCGUUUGCCAUCGCCUCGCCAGUCGCCUCCGACGUUGCUUUUUUUUGUCCUCCGUACCAAUCUCCUCGCGUAUCUCCGUCGUGCGGUAGGCGGCAGGCGGCAGGCGGCUUGCGGACGCCACGAAUUCCGCUUUCCUCUCGCGUCGCGUAAUACACCCCUCUACUACUUGUCUCUACUCUCCCUGUAUGUCCUUUUCCCCCUCCAUUACUCCGUUUUGUCCGUCGCGCUUGUUGUUCCGCCACCUCCUGUCCUCCUCUUCGCCGCGUGUGCGCUUCGCGCGGCGACGGCCACUCUCUUCGAGUUCAGGCAGUUCGAGGUGCCGGCUGCCUUCGCUCGUUCCCGUCUCCCGACGUUCCGUUCCGUGAGAAGCGGGAAGGGAGGAAGACGGCGACUGGCGAGGCGGACAGGCGGCGGUGGAGGUGGUGGUAGCGGGAGGAGUACAGGUGCAGGUGCAUGCAUAUAGACGGCGGUAACGACGACGUACGUGCCGCACGAGCACUGUAAGCACGGCGAAUACGUAGAGAGUCGGAGAGCGCGUAGGGGGGGACAAGGGGGGGGAGGAAGGUGAAGAAGAAGUCGACGGAACGGGCGAGGCGAGGAAAGAGGAGACUGGAGAAGCAGAAAGAAGGAGGAAGCAGGAGGAAGCGGUUAGCGGCGGCGGCGGACGGAGAGCGUACACGCGAGUGCGUAGCGGCGGAAAGCGUUAGUCGUGAACGCCAGUGGUCGACGUCUUCGUCCUUUGACUCGUGACUCGUGACUCGUGCACGGUCGAAAGUUUCUUUUGUUUAUCGCCGCGCGUGCAGAGUGUCGCACGGAUAAAUCUCGACGAUAGUCUCCUAUCAAGCAAUCGUGGCAGGAUGGACGACACCGCGGGUCCACCGCGAACGUCGGACGUAGCGUCGGCGAUGGGAAGUGAGAGCGACGACGCCACCACUACUACCACCACCACCACCACCACCACCACCUCGAAGAUGCGGACAGUCGACGACGACGACGCGAGUGCCGCCCCCGCUCCCGCUCCCGCAUCUAUCAUCGACGACGCCGCUGUCGAUUCCGUCGAGUGUCGUGACCUGGGCUCGAUAAGAACCGCGUCCCCGGAGCCUGCAGCUGCUGCUGCUGCUGCUGCUGCUGCUGCUGCUGCAAAAGCGGGCGUGCGUGGCGGGGCCGGGGCCAACGCGCCCGCCGCGGUCGACAAGGACGAGAUCACCGUCUGCAUCACGCCGACCACCGGGGGCCAGUUCGAGCUCGCGGUCGACCGCAACGAUACCGUGGAGAAUCUCAAGAAGAUCAUCUCCAAGAAGCUGAAGGUCGCCAAGGAGCGCAUCUGCCUAUUGCAUCGCGAGAGGCAGCUGCGCGAAGGAACGCUCGCGGAAAACGGUCUACAGAACGACAGUCGACUAACGUUGCUUCCAAGCGUGGAAACCGGAUUGUUGGCGCAACGACCGGAGCAGAGUGUAAUGCAGGCCUUAGAGAGCCUCAAUGAUUCACAGGUGAAUGACUUCUUAUCCGGCAAGGCACCACUUAAUCUUACAAUGCGACUAGGCGAUCACAUGAUGUUAAUCCAGCUGCAGUUGUCCACCGUAACCCCGACAUCGCCGACCGCCAGUCAGGCGAGCUCUGCCAACAGUAACGGCCAUAGUCACCACAGCAGCAGUAGCAGCAACAAUAGCAGUAACGUUGCUAGUUUGCCCAAUAGUAGCAAUACCACGAGCAUGUCCAAUUCGUCUGGCGGUCAUUCGUCGUUGCAAACCAGAAGAUGCCUGACGGCUAGAUCACCGGGAAAUAUUGUUAAGCCGCAGAACGCUACCGGGGCACCGGCUGGCAGAACGUCGCAUCUAAUUAGUAGCCUUGCCAGCGCCCUACACGCAGCCGCCAGUUACAGCAACAGCAGCAGCUUACCUACCGCCAGCAUUACCACUACGACUACCAGCCCGGUAUGUUCCAGCCGGGUUACAACAUCCUCUUCAUCCGUCUCGACGGUGCCAAUUAGCCCGGCGCAUUCAUUGUCGUCGUCCAGCAGCAAUUCGGGUCAAUCGCAAUCUACGCGUGGCAAUUCGCAUAACGUUCCACCUACGAAUGGCAGUUCUUCCAACGCGUGCCAGCCCUGCCCGCUCUAUCACCACCAUCAUCAUCACGGCCAUCACCACGGUCAUCACCAUGGCCAUCAUCACCACCACCAUCAUCACCAUCAUCAUCAUCAUUCGAGGAACAAACCUAGCUUGCCCAACCUUUCCACUUCCUCUUCUUCCUCUUCCUUCAGUUCGGGUUCGUCUCCGAUUCAGGAGCAGUCUGCCUUGGAGCCGAUGUCCUACGACGCGACGCUACCCAGGAAGAAGCUCUGCAGCGGCCACCAUCAUCAUGGCCAGCCAUCAUCGUCUGUUACCACUAGUGGCAUGGACGCCACGAGGAGUCAACACGAGGAAUCUAAUCCGCAGAGCCCAACAUGCGCCUCAUCGCUGAUGCUGGAGCAAUCGCCACCCAAGCCCGCCACCCUCGACACUCGAGCGCUCGCCGAGGCAUCUCGGAACCUUACUCAGAAGCUGAAGCAGCUCUCCUCUGAGGUACUCACCUCGCGGGUCGACCUCGCAGAGGAGAACGCGAGACGCAGGCAAGGCGCAAUAAUAGAGAGUAUGCAUCAUCAUGGCAAAGGUGUGUAUUCCGGCACGUUUAGCGGCACUCUGAACCCAGCCCUCCAGGAUAGACACGGUCGGCCGAAGCGGGACAUUAGCACCAUCAUUCACAUCCUGAAUGACUUGCUCUGCGCGACACCGGCCGCAUCCGCAGGCCACUAUAGGCAUCAUCAUCACAGGCAUUCGCAUACUCGCCAGCAAUCUUCCUUGAUGUCCGCGUCUUCCGCGGGCACUACAACUACAGCGAGUGGAUCUACUUCGUCGGUCGGCUGUCAUGAUUCCACACCAGGCUACUCCAGUGAAGAAUUAUCAAAGGAGAACGAGGCAACGAAGGGCAAGAUGCGUCGGCUGCGCUUAGUCAUGGAACAACGUCGUGCUAAGAGAAAAGCCAGGCGACAGGCGCGAGCAGCACCGUAUACCACACAGUGGGCUGCGAUGACUCCCGCCGAUCCGAACCACGAGCCGAACACGUCAACUGCGACCUCGAGCACCACCACCACUACUAACAGCGCGGAGCCGCAGAACGAACCGGAGCUUCAACCGUGUAGCCCCGAACCGGUCGUAGCUUAAAUACCACGUCACUAACAGUCAAUUCACGGCACAGUAAUAUCUUCUAUAUUCAUAUACAUAGAGUAUGAUUGUCCGUUUUCGUUUCUACCUAUCGCACUGAUUUAUUCCGAAGGAAGAAAAUGCAGAGUCGAACGUGUUCUAUCGCGCAGUUACACUUGUUCCUUACAACUCUCGUCCCGCGCAACCAAACGCUGCAAAACGUUUUAAACAUUUGAUUCGACACUCGUUCUCGUUGAUACCCCGUACACGGUCUCGAUCAUUACCGUGAAUCCACUGAGUUUCUCUCUGUAUUAUGCAAGUGUCUCGCUUUCUCCGAUUUGCGUUACUUUAUGCAAAUAGACGUAAUCUGCGAGGAUUCACUAGCUGAUGAAUCGAAAGAUGAAUUCCAAUCGAAUAUCCUUUCUUUUUUGUAUAGCACUCGAAACUAUUCUUUGAAUAACAUUUUUUUUAUAUCUUUUUUUUUGUCUUUGGAGUAUAUCAUGGUUUUAGGAUCCUAUUCUUAGAAAAAAACGUAUAUACACGAAAAAUUAGGGACGUAUUAUAAUAUACGUAAUAUAUAUACGUAAUAUAUAUACGUAAUAUAUAUACGUAAUAUAUACUACACUAUUUCUCUAGUUUUUCAUAUACGUUUCUUUUCAAAGGUAAGGAUUCAAGAAUUUCUCUUUUCUUUUUAGUUUGUUUUUAGAUCGGUAUCUUUUUGCGGUAUAACAUGCAUUGCAUUAGUCAUCCCACAAAAAAUCACUUACAAUUCAUCCAUGGACCAUCAUUUUAACUCAAUCGCGUUUGCUUAUUAUUAUCAUCAGUGUACAAUGACAACGCAUUACUAUCAUUACAUAAACGUUUCCCAUGAUGACAUGUGAAACAUUGUAGGAGCGCAAUGGGGCAUUUUGGACGUCUAUAAAACUGGUCGUGCGUGGAGCUAUAUAUUAGGCAAUAUAUAGUGUUACCGCUAUAAUAAAAUGUAUAUUAUACAUAUAUUAUAUAUAUAUAUAUAUCAUUAUAUUGUCAUUAUAUUGUAUGUAUUUAGAGUAACGAAAUACUGGGUAUCCUAUGACUAUCGUUUCCCAACAUUAAUAAAACGGUGAUCUCGCAGUGUUUGGCCGGACUCAGGACUUGAUCGUAGUUGACAAUAAUUACGCUCGGCGAAUGAAUCAGUGUGACGGUUUUACGUAUCUAUACAUCGACAUCGGGAAGUCGAUGAAUUGUUCUGAAAGAGAGAGAGAGAGAGAGAGAGAGAGAGAGAGAGAGGGAGAGAGUGAGAGAAUGAGAGAAAAAAAGAAAAAAAAAUAGAGAGCAAAAGCUCUUAUUAAGGCUACCUAUUAAGGAAUCCUGUUAAGGAACUUCCUGUUAGAAGUAAAACUCGCCGAUAAAUACGCUGCACGCGUUCAAGGGAAGAAAUGGGAGGCAGGAUCGCCAUAGUUUCGUCUGUGCGCGUUUACUACGCUCUCUCUUGACAAUUCUUUCGCUAUCGGGCACUUGAAGUCUUAUACGUAGAUGCGAAUAGAACUUUGAUUACUCGUAGAAGUUGCGAGAGAAGCAACGGUAAAUCUCGCGUUUUGCUGUGCACUUUACAUGAAACCGCUAUUAUUCUUGAAAUAAGAAAAAAAAGAAAUGUCACGGUAACUCGCGCGCGACGGAAUUAGUGCAAAGUUGUAUUUCGCGUCCUGAUUGAUAUAAAUUAUCGUAAUUUGUUUUUGUUAGUAGCAAGUGCACUUUCCAACGUCUUCUUCGAAUUAAAAUUACACUAACGCAUUCGCGAAUGAUGUACGCGUUGGGGUAUUUUCCAUUUAAAAAUCUUAGGUGAUUUCGUCAAUUACCAGCAAUGUUUGUAUAUUGAUAGUGUAUUGUACACUUUACUCGUUUGAAAUGUAAAGUAACAAUGCAAAAGAAUAAGAUCUAAAUGAGAGUAAAGUGAACAAAAUGAAAGUUUGUGUUUUCUUCAUUCAAUUGUCUUUACAAUUUGACGAAACACAAAAGUAUCGUUUUAUUCAGUAUUUUUCCUAUACGUUUGUUCUUUCUUCGAUAUGUAUUAUUCAAUCAAUAUUCCAGAGAAAUCUGUAUUAUUUAUUUUCGUAAAUACAUUAUCUUAAUUUGAUCGCGUUUAUGAAUUACUAAAAAAAAAAUAAUAAAAGAAAAAUGAAUAAUAAAAGAAAUGAAAAAAUGAAAGAAAGAAACAAAAGAAAUGAAAGAUUAUUUUUUACGUUGUAUGUGAUGUAUAGAUCCAAAAAUAGGGAAAACCAUGUAUCUAAGUGAAGUGCAAAGCGAUUCAAUAUCGAGUUGAAAAUAGUAUGUUUAAUUCUUACGAAACAUAUGACACACAUGAUGAAAUAUUUCUUAGUCUCUGAUCAAUCAUAUCUUGAUGCUUGGUUACCCUUUAUCAGGAUCUCACAUGCAUUAUUCUUCGAAGAGACGAUAAGGAAGGGGAAUAAGAUAGGAAGGGAUAAGAUCCACGCGAAUCGAAGAAAGCGACGUAAGAUUUUAACACAGAUGAAAUGCAUUACGUGAUCGUAUUGCACGUUGUGCUACGGCCCCACGAUUUAAGUUUAAGUUAAUUAGGUACUACAGAUAAUACACAGUGUCACAUACUAUUAAUAGAAUACAUUGCGUUUAGGUUUACUUUAGGAGAAGAAAAUAUUAUUACCAUUAUUACAUUAUUAUAUAUCAUUAGUAUACCGCUAUUACAAUUUUUGCAAAACUGGCUCAAUAUUGUAAUAUACGACUAUCGGAACCUUUAUCGAGUACCAAAAUAAAUAAGAUUGCUUGCUAA